AUGGGAGGUUGUUUUUCAGACGUAAAAGGAGCGAAAGAAGCAGUUGGAGGUGUUAAUCAGAAAGCAACGAACAACAACAAUGACGCUGUUGAUUUCUUCUAUACAUCUCAAGGUUUUCAGCCAUUGUUCACCAGAAUUGAGUUAUCUUUUUCAGCAUCUGACUUACUUGAUAUGGACAUUACAUCAAAGAGUGAUCCUAUGCUUGUUGUAUAUGCAAAUAAAAGAGAUGGCAAAUUGGAAGAAUUAGGACGAACUGAAGUAAUAACGAAUUGUUUGAAUCCAGAAUGGAUAGAAAAAAUUAAUAUCGCAUUUCAUUUCGAGAUUGUGCAACCACUUGUAUUUCAUGUGUAUGACAUUGACACAACAUACCAUGGCGUUUCCACUACGAUACUAAAAUUGAAAGAUCAAGAUUUCAUUGGAGAAGCGAGUUGCAAUUUAUCAGAGAUAGUGACCAAACAAAACCGGAGCUUAACCUUAAAACUUGAAAGCAAAAGAGAGAAUAUUGUUCAAAGAAAUCUAGGAACAGUUACCAUUCAUGCUGAGGAGACUGUUGCUUCAAGGAAUGUUGUUCAGAUUAGCUUCCGUUGUUCUCGCUUGGACAACAAAGACAUUUUUUCUAAAACUGAUCCUUUUCUAAGGGUAUCAAGAAUGGUUGAAACCGGAGGUUCUAUUCCUAUUUGCAAGACUGAAGUUAUAGAUAAGAAUUUAAAUCCAAACUGGAAACCGGUUUCUCUUAAUUUCCAGCAAUUUGGAAGUAAAGAGACUCCAUUAGUUAUCGAGUGUUUUGACUUCAAUAGGAGUGGAAAUCAUGCAUUUAUCGGUAAAAUGCAGAAGUCAAUUGCAGACCUUGAAAAGCUGUAUAAUGAGAGAAAAGGUGCAAAUUUUGUUGUGCCAUCGAAACGCCGUGGACAAGAUAAGGUUUUAAAGGGUCAACUCUUUGUGGAUCAAUAUAUUGAAAAGGAACAAUUCAGUUUUAUUGAUUACAUAUCGAGUGGAUUUGAACUCAACUUCAUGGUUGCAAUAGAUUUCACUGCUUCAAAUGGAAAUCCUAUACAGCCAGAUUCUUUGCAUUACAUCAAUGCAUCCGGUCGGUUAAACGCAUACCAAAAGGCUAUAAUGAAGGUUGGAGAAGUUAUUCAGUUCUAUGAUUCUGAUAAGAUGUUUCCUGCUUGGGGAUUUGGAGGAACUGUACAAAGUGGUGCGGUAUCUCACUGUUUUAAUCUGAAUGGAGGACCUCCAGGUUGCUCUGAGGUAGCAGGAGUUGAAGGCAUAAUGGCUGCUUAUGCUAGUGCUUUACACACAGUCAGACUAUCAGGACCGACUUUAUUCGGCCCGGUUAUCAACAUGGCUGCACAGAUGGCUACAGAUUCUCUUUCGUCGCAUAACAGCACUAAAUACUAUGUACUGCUUAUCAUAACGGACGGAAUUGUUACGGAUCUUCAAGAAUCAAUAAAUGCUGUGGUUAACGCAUCUGAUCUUCCCCUAUCGAUACUUAUAGUUGGCGUUGGAGGCGCUGAUUUCUCCGGCAUGGAGGUAUUGGAUGCUGAUAGUGGACCUCGAUUAAGAAGUUCUACUGGUCGUGUAGCGGCGCGAGAUAUAGUGCAGUUUGUCCCAAUGAGAGAAGUUCAAAGAGGAGAAAUAUCUGUUGUGCAAGCUCUUUUGGAAGAAUUGCCUGAUCAGUUUUUGAGUUUCAUGAGGAGUAGAGAUAUCAAACCAAUCCAUUCCAAUUUCUCUUAA